AUGAGUUCAACAGCUCUGGCAGGGGACACCUUGUCGCUCCUCGCAGCGGGCUCUCCCCGAUCUCCUGCCUCCCGUGUGCCCAGGCCUUCCGUCCAGGACGCGGGUUCGGCCGUGGUGCUUUUCUUGCGGCCCAUUGCGUUGCGGCGUUGGUUUGACAACGCCGCCGAACUGGCCCAGUUUUGGCUUCCACCUUGGAGCCGGCCGCCCCCGCCCGCAACGUUUUUGGAGGACGUGCGCCGAGGGACCGACUCCCUCGGCUUCGCGGUGGCCUCGGCCAUGAGACCCGAACCGGAGAAGGGCGUUAGCGCAGGUGGGUACAUGGCCCUGCCUCUGGCCUCUGCCCGCGACCGGUCUCCCUCUGGUGACGGCGGCUCCGUGUCGAGGACGGCCAGCCGCUGGCCUUAG